CUCCUCUCAAAUAGAUGUUGUUCCUUCUCCAUUAUGAUAUCUCUCGGCCUCUCUCUGAGUGUCUCUAUAGCUGUCUCUCUCUAUAAUUUAUCUUUUUCUCUCUCUCUAUUCUAGUUCAUAGCACAUAGACUUAUUUAAGUACAUUGCCUGUGUUGUCUUUCUCAACCAUUAGUCCUUUGCUUCCGAUAAAGGCUAAGGAAGAAAAGUUUUGAUUGUCUUCGUCAUUAGAACAGUUUGAAUUUUGUUGCUUCAAAACACCCAAAAGGACAUGAACAACAACAAGACUUUCAGUACUACUAGCACCAUCAAUGAAGACUACAUGUCAUUCCCUUAUAGUGACAAUUAUUGUUCACAACCAUUACUCCCUUUUAGCCCUUCCUCUUCCAUUAACGACCUCUUGAUUCACUCGAACUCCAACACAGAAAACAAUCAUCUUGACCAUCAUCAUCACCGAUUCCUACAAGCACCUUCUCCUUUUUCUCAAUUCGAAUUCGUCCAGGAUUUUCCCCACCUCCCCUCUUUCCUCCCACAAAACAUUGGCCAUAAUGAUAACCAACCCAUCACCACCAAUGACCAUCAUCAUCAUCCAUCACUUCUACCCUUAAACAACACCAUUGGUGAAUCCCAACUGAUUGAGCCCUCGGAGUCCAUAACCACACACAACGAAGACUCCCAGAGAAUCUCAACAUCUCAAGACCCAAAAAUGAAAAAAGUCAAGAAACCAAGUAGAACGGACCGGCACAGCAAGAUCAAAACGGCUAAAGGGACAAGAGAUCGUAGAAUGAGACUCUCUCUAGAUGUCGCCAAAGAAUUGUUCGGCUUACAAGACAUGCUUGGAUUCGACAAAGCCAGCAAGACCGUUGAAUGGUUGCUCACACAAGCCAAACCCGAGAUCAUAAAGAUCGCCAACAGCCUUUCUAACCAGUUUAACCAUGGCGGCUUCAGCAGCGGAGAUGACUCCCAAACCAGACCGGCGUUGGGAUCAGCGGAGACAUCGUCUGAUCUAUGCGAACUUGCAUCUAUGUGGACAGUCGAGGAUAGAGGCAGCAAUACUAGCAUGACCGAAAAUAAGGUGGACGGGAGAACAAUGAGAGGGAAGAGAAAGAUGUCGCAGCGAACGCCCAUUUUGAAGGAGAUGUCAAAAGACGCCAGAGCCAAAGCAAGAGAGAGAGCAAAGGAUAGAACAAUGGAGAAGAUAAUGAAGAGAAGACCACAAGUAAAUUCUGUAGAAGAAGUAGAAGCUCAUAAUCAGCGUGAUGAGGUAGUAAAGAAGAAUAAUAAUACCGAUGUGAAUUGGACUAAUUCUUUCGAGGCGAUGCCCUGCCGAGAAGAUACCGAAGAACUUUGCAAGAACAAUCGUUUCUCAGUUUACAACGAUUUUGUGGUGAAUAAAAAAGAUCACAUUUCGGACGAAUCAUAUAAUAUGAUCAGCAAAUUGAAUUCAUCAUUUCCAGUGCUUACUCACCAUCGCAGCCAAGGCGUAGCUACUUUCAUGGAGCAGCAGCAACAACAGGUUAGGGAUGUUUAUCACUUCUUGGGGAAACCAAGAGACUUCAUGUACUGUGAUAAUAUCCGUUAAUUUCUCAAAUUAAUAAUAAUCUGUGUAUAUGUGAAUCUUAUGAAGCUUUUUGUUCUUCACCUUCUUGUCGCAUAUUAAUCGAUGUAAAACAAUCAAUGCCUUUUAUAUAAUAUUUUGUUUUAAUAUAGUUCGAGUGGAACCUUAUAUAC